UUUGUUAUUUGAUAGCUUAUUAUGCAUUUCAUCAUAACAAGCAAGUUAGAAAACAUAAUUUAGUUAGUUAGAAAAAAAAAAGAUCUAUCUUAAUGAAAGAUUUUUGAAAUGAAAAUACCCAAGGCUUUCGUUUUAUUGAUAAUUACUAUAUUAAUAAAUGGGCAUUUAAAGUCAAAGCAAAGAAAGCAUAAUUUUAAAAGACGGAAUACAAAUGUUAAUGAGAAAUUAAAGCCAACCAUUUCAGUUGAUGUCAAGUCAAAUUUUUUACAUCAACUAAACACCAAAAAGAGCACUGCAACCAAUAAUGCAUCUAUUGAUGUACAAAUAAGUAAUGAGCAAGUAGAUCACACCAACAUCAAUCAACAACCCAAAGGAAGCUCAACAAACAAACUUUUAAAUAAUAUUGUUGAUAAUUAUGCUGAGAAACUUGUUGAUCCUCUCAAUGAAAUGGAAAGAAAAAAAAUUAUUUUAAAUAAAGGUAAAAGAAACAUUGAAACAAUAGUUAAACAAUCAUUGAACACUUUGAAAAAUAGUGUUAGCAAAAUAAUGCCAACUAAUGUUUCUCAAGCGUCGAAUAUAGCUGGUACACUAGGAGGAUUUCUGGCCGGCACAAGUACGCUUGUUAACGGAAUAAACAAUCGUAAUUGGGUUGAAAUUACAACAGAAAAGGGACUUGCAAACAUAAAAUGUAUAACAAAACACGAAAUAAACAUUACUUUCACUAAAAAAAGACAAGAAAUGUGCGAAAUACUUGUUAAAAAUGGUUUUUACUUUCACGACUGUUAAGGACUUCAACGCUUACCUAGUGCUCAUAUCAACAGCAUAUUUAUUAUACAACUUUAUUUACUGCAAAUAUAUCAACUGUAAACAAAAAUUUGUACUGAUGAAAAAUUUAAAUCAAAAACAGAGAGUUUACUAAAACUUAAGCACAGUUAAGGUCAUGAUUAUCUAUUGAUCUAUUCAUCGUCUAAAUUAUGCUUGUUUGUCCUUGCUUUUAGCAUUUUUGUAAGACUUUACUUUGUAAUUGCUAACUUUGCAUAUUGUGACAUAAAUUUUUUGAAAAGUUUUUACAUGAAAUGAAAUAAGUUACUGUUUGACUAUAUUGAUUAUUAAGAAGUUGUCAGUAAAGUCAGAUGAAAUAAUACAAAAAUUAUGAGUAGAAUAGAAUACUCUGCAAUGACGACAAAAAAAUAUAAAACUUUGGUCAAAUUUUAAAUUUUCUGUUUAUAAUCUUUUUUAAAUAAGUAAUUUUUUUUUAAAUGAAUUACAUGAAAUGAAAUAAGUUACUGUUUGACUAUAUUCAUUAUUAAGAAGUUGUCGGUAAAAUCAGAUGAAAUAAUACAAAAAUUAUGAGUAGAAUAGAAUACUCUGCAAUGACGACAAAAAAAUAUAAAACUUUAGUCAAAUUUUAAAUUUUCUGUUUAUAAUCUCUUUUAAAUUAGUAAUUAUUUUUUAAAUAACUUUACUAAUAAAAAUUAAAAUAAAGUAUUUUGUUCAAUCCCUAACAGAGUUCCAAACAGCGAAUCUACAACCCCAUAAAAACUUACAAGUUCUAAGUUUUAUUUAGAACUUUUUUUAUUUAUAAACCAAACAAAACUGAGGUUCCCAAAAAGUAAUUAAAUUCCUUUACUUUUAUAUAGUAAUUAGGUAACUAGGUCCUAAAUUCUAUAGUGAUGGCAAAGACUCAUUACCGAGGAAAAAGUAAAAGUUGAACCCUGGACGCAACAGUAGAAAGAAAAUAAAAAUAGAAAAACAGUUGAGUAAAACAUUCCUUUUCAAAAUCAAUUACACAGAAUUUAUAUUUAUUUUAAUGAAAUUUUUAUGAAAUUUGUUUUAAUUUUGAACCUUGGUAGUUCACACUGAGAUAUAAGCUUCGCUGGGAUGACUCUAUUUCUUGCUUUAUUUUUACAAACUGAUGUAGAAUUAUUUGAUAAAUGUUUUAUCAUUGUUUAACUGCUUGAGUGUGGAAAAGUAGUUUUUCAAUACCAAUUAUAUCAGAAAUGGAGGAAAACAUUUUUUUAAACUAUCAAUUGAGAUGUGUCUUGUUAAAAGAGGCUCAGUAACAUUAACAUUUUGCCAACCAAUCAUAACUGUGUAAUCUUCAGCAUUCAAAUUUAGUUUUGGUACUUUAAAUGGUCGAAUAGUCCUAUGAUUAUCAUAUGAUUCUCUAUGUAUAAUUUACCUUAAAGCUAACUCUCUGAUGUGCAUUCUUUCAUCUACUAGCAUAGCCAACAAAGUAUUUUCUGGAUGACAGAAGUAGGCAUUUCCUUGCAACACUGUUCGACAAUACUCAUAAGUUCAUCAUAUAAGUAACAAGAUUUUUUAACCAUUUCAAAGAAAUGGUUGGAUCCAUACAAACAAAUUGGUUACAUUUUUAUCUCAAACCAGCUAGCAGAGUAUAAUUUAAUCAGAUAGUUAGUUAAAAUUUUAAGUUCUAUUGAUGGAUCUAAUGUUAAAACAUAUAACCUCAAAAUUCUGUUAGCUGUUGUUAACAAAAGUGAAUACAAAAUGGUUUUAAACUGUGUUAAACAAUGUUUUUUGAGACCCAUCAAGUCCAACCAAUUCAUAAAGAACAAUCCAAACUAUAAUAAAACUUUCUUCUUGUUAAAAUUGAUUGAUCCAUUCACCCAUCAAAAUAUAUCUGUUGAUCAUUUAAAAAAGUA